AUGAGUUCCAAGUUCAUCAUCGAUAGCAUGCUCCCGAAGUACCACCAGCAGUUCCAUCACCAGAACUUGUUCGCGGGUGCGGGAGCGUCGCCCAUCGAGGCGUCGUUGUCAUCGUCGCUGUCGUCGUCGCUGUCGACGUCGCUGUCGUCGUCGCUGUCCGGCGGGCUAGGCGCGGCAGCGCUGGGGGCUGGCUCGCCCGGGGCCGGGAGCCCGCAGCGCUCCUCUUCAUCGUCGUCGGCGUCGCCGGGAGCGCCGGCGAGGAUGUAUCCAUACGUGUCGCACCACCAGCAGUUCGGUGGCUCGGUGCCAUUUCCUACUGGCGGGGGUCUGUCAGCGGAUGACAAGAGUUGCCGAUAUCCGACUGCAGUGGGAGCGGAUCCGAUGGUGAACUACGCGCUGGGUCAGCACAACAGCGGGGCGGCGGUGUCGGCCGCGUCGGCUAGUAUGGCAGCGGCGGCUCAGUUCUACCACCAGGCCGCGGCCUCAGCGGCCUCGGCGGCCUCCGCGGCCUCGGUGGACGCCAUGGGCGCCGCUUGCGCUCAGCCCUCCGCCCAGCCCCUGCCCGACAUACCGCGCUACCCAUGGAUGUCGAUCACCGAUUGGAUGAGCCCCUUCGACCGCGUGGUCUGCGGACCAAAUGGCUGUCCACGGCGGAGGGGUCGACAAACGUACACGAGAUUCCAAACGCUAGAACUAGAAAAGGAAUUCCAUUUCAAUCACUAUCUAACGCGCAGGCGUAGGAUAGAAAUUGCACAUGCCCUUUGUCUCACAGAGAGGCAAAUAAAGAUAUGGUUCCAAAAUCGACGUAUGAAAUUAAAGAAGGAACUGCGUGCUGUUAAGGAAAUCAAUGAGCAAGCACGCAGGGAAAGAGAGGAACAAGAUAGAAUGAAGCAGCAACAGCAAGAGAAGCAGGCUAAGCUGGAGAGCCAACACCACGGCCACCACGUGACCCACCACCAUGAUCCCAUGAAAAUGCCCAUCGACAAAGGUUCCAGCGACAUUCUCAAAGUGAAUAAAGUGCCGACGUAA